AGAGCCUGCUGUGAGUCACGGCACCGGGAGGGCGGCGGCAGCUCCACGCACCCGGCUCCCUACACGCGCGGGAAGGGGCGCUCCCCCGGCCAUGGCCUCCCUGGGGCAGACCAUCUUCUGGAGCAUUAUUAGCAUCAUCAUUGUUUUGGCUGGAGCCAUUGCACUUAUCAUCGGUUUUGGUAUCUCAGGGAGACACUCCAUUAGAGUCACUACUCUCACCUCCGCUGGGAACAUCGGGGAGGAUGGAAUCCUAAGCUGCAUUUUUGAACCUGACAUCAAACUUUCUGAUAUCGUGAUACAGUGGCUGAAGGAAGGUGUUAUGGGCUUGGUACAUGAGUUCAAAGAAGGCAAAGACGACCUGUCAGACCAAGACGAGAUGUUCAGAGGCAGGACGGCUGUGUUUGCGGAUCAAGUGAUAGGUGGCAAUGCCUCUCUGAGGCUGAAAAACGUGCAACUCACAGAUGCUGGCACCUAUAAAUGUUACAUCAUCACCUCCAAAGGCAAGGGGAAUGCUAACCUUGAGUAUAAAACUGGAGCCUUCAGCAUCCCAGAGGUGAACGUGGACUAUAAUGCCAGCUCAGAAAGCCUACGGUGUGAGGCUCCCCGAUGGUUCCCCCAGCCUACAGUGGUCUGGGCAUCCCAAGUUGACCAGGGAGCCAACUUCUCAGAAGUCUCCAAUACCAGCUUUGAGCUGAACUCUGAGAAUGUGACCAUGAAGGUUGUGUCCGUACUCUACAAUGUCACAAUCAACAACACGUACUCCUGUAUGAUUGAGAACAACAUUGCCAAAGCCACAGGGGAUAUCAAAGUGACAGACUCGGAGAUUAAAAGGCGGAGUCACCUGCAGCUGCUGAACUCAAAGGCCUCCCUGUGUGUCUCUUCUUUCUUUGCCAUCAUCUGGGGACUCCUGCCUCUCUCCCCUUACCUGAUGCUCAAAUAAGGUGCCUUGGCCACACGGAAACAUGCACAGUCACUGGUACGACAGAAGCCCAGGAAUCUGCAGAACUAUUUCACCACAAGAUAUGACCUAGUUUUAUAUUUCUGGGGGGAAAUGAAAUUUGGAGUGAACGAAUAAGAUCAAGAAGCAAAAAAAAGCCAAAAGCAACCCACGGAAGACUCCAAGAUGAACAAGAUAAAUCUAUCUUCAAAGAUGUAUAUUUAAAGCUGGGAACAUAAUUCACCUGAACUGGAAAUGUGUUAAGACUGAGUAAAAUGCAUGUGGAGACAGGUGUAUCCAUACCUCAGGGACCUCCCCUUACCCCUGCCCAUCCAGGGAGUGAGAGGAAGGGAUACUGUAUCUCCCUCGUCUCUGAAUCUUUAUAUUGCUGUAAUGUUGCCCUAAAAUCCCAGAACGUUCUGACUGCAAUAGAUCCACAUCUUCUACUCUAUGAAUUAAACUGCAGUGGAUAUAAUAUGAAGCUGGUAAUUGGGUGUCCCUUCACAAUUCAGAGAUGGCUGAAUUUUAGUGAUGGGUCAAAUCACUUUUCAUUAGGAUGACCCAAGAGCGCCUUGGAAUCUCCUUCCACCUGACAAAUGCUAAAGAAAUGUGGAGAAGGUCAUAAAUGUAACACAAAAAUUAUGACACGGAUUUUCUAAAUUACCUGAGCCUCUUGUUUUUAAAACAAACAAAUGCCAUUACAUUUCCCAGAUGAUGUUCAUCCUGAACGGUCCGGGAAAGGACCUCUCACCAUCACUGUAUAGGGCACCGUAUCAUCACGAGGUGUCAGGCUUCUGCUUUGUAUCCUGUGUGGACGGCGAUGACCUCAACUCUCAACAGCAUCUAGAGCAUGCUCAGCUACUCAACGAUGGUGAUUUUUCACACCCAUCCCCACACGCAGGGGACAUCUGGAUAUGUCUGGAGACAACUGGAGGUGUCACAACUCGGGGGAGAGGGGAGGGUGCUACUGUCAUGGAUAGAACUCAGGGAGGUUGCUCAACAUCCUACAAUGUACAGGACGACCACCCACAACAAAGAAUUAUCUGGCCCAAAACGUCAGUCGUGCUGUCACAAGAAGCCCUGAUGCAGAGUAGACAAGGAUCUAGAAAAGAGGGGAGCAAACAAAGCUGUUUGCUUCCCACAAACAGGCCCUGUCCUCGGUCUCAGCACAGAGGUGUCAGUACAGACAGCCAGAGCUCAGUGUCAGGCAAUCAGGCAUUCCCGAUGGGGUUAUCUUCAGCUGGGUCCUUUCCCUCUGUCCUAGUGUACAAAUCAGGCUCUGUGAGAUCGGCCUGCACUCCAUCUCAAGUUCUUGUGCUCCAAAUUUGGAGCUCAGGACCUUGCCUGGUCACACUUCAAAUUAAGGCAACAAAAACAUGUACCUUCCUUGAAACGCACAGAGACUUCUGAAAGCAGGGGCGAUGAACCUUUGAAGUGAGACCCUGAGGAAUGAAGCUCUGAUCGAAAAGAAUGUUCUGUUCACAACCCCCCUGCCCAUACUCUUCACGUGUUGACCACCGGCCUCCCGGCACUUUGGACCCACCGUGACUGUAUUACAUUUUGUUAUAGAAAACUUGAUUUUUGAGUUCUGACCAUUCAAGAGAAUGAUUAAACACGCAUUUCCUA